AUGCAUGUCGCUACUGUAUAUACCGUCAUGUCGCUGGCUGUUCCGACUGCGGCAGCAUGCACGCGAGAUCUCCUUCAGAACGCAACGGCCGAGUAUGUCAAGUCUCAGAGCUCGGGUCACAUUGGCAUCUCUGCACUUUCCAGCAAAGUCAACUACACAGAGAAUGACGUACCAGUAGACAUCAACACGGGAGUCCUGACGCAGCCCCUCAAGAUUGAUUUCAACCGGAGCACGCACGACACGACCCAGUGCGCCACCUUUACCGAGCUCAUUGUGACGGACCCCAAGCACCCCUACGUCAUUGGCACGCGCAUGGUGUUUACCGACGACGAGAUCACGACCGUCGAGUCCAUCGUGACGGAUGCCGGCGACUGGCUCUUCAACGCGACGGGCUACCUCUACUGGAACGCGCAGGAGAACUGGGCGCCCAUCCCCGCGGACCGGCGCGACACGCGCGCCGUCAUCCAGGCCGCGGGCGACGCCUACUUUAACCGCUUUGCCAAUGUCAACGUGACGGUGCCCUGGGCGGCGUCGUGCGCGCGUCUCGAGGGCGGUCUCUAUACCGACACCAACCAUACGGGCGCCGAGACGUGCGGCUUGGGGCUGCCCUCGACCAUCAAGGUGACGAACCGCCGGUACGUGGUCGACGAGGAGAUGGGGACCGUGGAUAUUUUUCUGGGUUUCCCGGGCCUCGAUCGCUCAGUGGGUCAAAAGCCCGUGCCGGAUAGCCACUUCUUUAGGGUCGAGAAUGGCAAGAUUAGGUACAUUCAUACUGUGUCGGCCUGUUUCAAUGCUGGGUGCGGCGAGAAUGGGACACUGCCGCUUUCACGUAUUCGUCGGCCCAUGUCGGUCAAAGACUCGAGACGAUUGUGGUGA